AAGUAAUUUCUGUUUCAUCGACCAACAACCCACGGAAGACAAAAGGUUGGAUACCAGUCCUGAAACCAACCAACGAACGAGACUCAGAGGAGCCUGAAGCAGCACAGCAGCAGCCUGAACGAAAGAAUACGAUUGAUUCAAAUUGAUCCUUUUGAUUCAUUGGUUGACUCGGAAAUCGGCAAACGGCGACAGGAAUAAAGUAUAAAAGCAAACCUAGGAAGGAGCCAUCUUCAGCAUGAAGCCCUUCGACGUGUAUUUGCGCCGGGCGCAAGACCCUGAGUGGAGUCCGCACUACGUGGACUAUGCGUCCCUAAAAAAAACCCUGCGAAUGUUCGGGAAGCGAAGGAGGAAACUCCAGCGCGGGGAUUUAAAAUGGUCGACUGUGCUGGAAGAGGAACCGCAUGCAGGCGGCAACCAGAGCUACAACCAUCCCGACGCGAACGGCAGCGACAACGACAACAACAUCAUCUUUGGAUACACCCUCCAGGACAUAUCUUCCAUGGGGAUGAACGGCAACGACACCAAUGAAAGCCGCCUCCGUGGAUGCGGUGGAGUCUUUGGCGGCGAGACCAAAACAGAGCGCCUCUCCCGGAUAGAACACGAUGACUUCAAGAAGGCGCUCCAGGCCGAGCUAGACCAGGCUAGUCGAUGGUUCCAGACCUGCUGGAUCGAGCUUCAGUCAUCCGCCGCCUUUACGGAGAGCAAUGACGAAACUGAGGAGGAAAACACCAUCCUCAAACUCUACGGAUUCGCCGUGGUCAAUAUUUGCGUCCUCCGCCAGCUCCUGCUGCGGUACAAUGCCCACGUGCGCAUGUACGACGGGUCCAUGUUUCUUUCCGAGUACGAGAUUUUGCAGCCGCCACAGAGCGGGAACGAGUCGUCCUCGCUAAUGGUCUCGGAGGCGGAGUACGAGAGAGCCACAGACGAUUUCAGCCUCAAGACGGUGGUGCCCUCGUUGCUGGCGUCCCUGGAACCCCUCCAGGACCGCAUGAUGACACUUCCCUCCUACUGGAUGGAUGACUCGUCCGUAUUGAAGAAUGUACACCAGGGCGGUACUCCUAGUUCGGCAAAACCAGCGGGGACCGAUCCUUCCUCCUCUACCUUUCGGGCCCGUGCCGACGAGCUAGAAGCCCUGCUAGACAAAACCUCGUGGAAGCAGCAGACGCGCCAGUCCCCCAACAAAACCGAGAGGAUUUUGCAGACGAUAAGAUACUUUUAUACUAUGGGAACGGCACAGAUGGGGAUCUCCAUGGAACCUAGGUUCCUCUUUUCGCAGGUGCGGGGAUUCAAGAAGGAAAUGAAGGCCCUUGCCCUCUGGAGGGAACGCCCCCUCGACGUUGCAGACGGCAUUGCCUACGGCGAUGAAGGCGACGAGGCCAUCGGGGCGGGGAUGGACCCAGCCAACGUGUGGCCACUCGUGUUGAACCUGAUCUCGUGCUAUCUCUUCAUGAUGAACAACUACAUCAUCGAACCGUCCUCGGCCUACUAUGCCAACGCGCUGGGCAGCUCCGAUGCGCUGUCGGGUAUCAUGAUGGGGAUGGCUCCGUGGUUCGCCCUAACGAGCGCGGUCGGCUACAGCAUCUGGACCAACACCUCCUACAAGCAGCCUAUUUUGUUUUCUGGCGUCCUAAUGGUUGUCGGGAACACCCUGUACGGAGCCGCGUACUCGCAACAGUCCAUGGUCAUGUGCCUGGUGGGCCGCGGCAUCAGCGGCUUUGGGGCCCCCCGCAUCAUCAACCGACGCUACGUGGCCGAUGCGACCCCUUUUUCCUUGAGGACUAUGUCGUCCGCGGCCUUUGCCCUGACGACGGCCCUGGGGGCCGCUAGCGGCCCGGGUUUUGCCAUUCUGCUGGACAUGGUCCCCGAGUUUGAGUUUUCCCUACCGUUUCUGGGCGUCCAGACCUUCAACGGGAUGACGGGACCGGGUUUCUUCAUGGCCGUUUUCUGGUUCUUCUUCACAGUUCUGAUUGUGCUGACCUUUCGGGAACCCAACCGCUCCGGUCUGGAAGAGCUCCGGCAGCGUGAGGCCGCGGCCGCCAAGAAAAAGGCGGCGGAAGAUGACGCCUCGGCGGCACUGCGCGAGUCUUUCGACGGUGAGGGCGACCGAUCCUUUCGCGACGGCGCCGUGACCGAUGACGACGACGACGAUGCCUCAUCGGUCGGAUCCCUCUCGGUGGGAUCUGCCAUGGACGAAAGCGGCGUCUCGAAGCACAGCCCCCUAUAUUGUGUCCGGAACAUGACCCGUGCAACGGCCCUUUGCAUGGCUCUAAUCUUUAUGAAACGCAUUGCGCUGGAGGUAAGCAAGCAACGAUUCACAAUUCACUUCUUUACCCCUAGAAAACUAUGCGAACGAUUCUGUGUCGUACGGACCACCGAACUGAACUGAAAAACCAACACCUCUUGUCUUUUGCUUGUAUUUUUCCACCAUACUCUCUCUUGGGUUCUCGUUUCCAAACCUCAUGGCCUCUUCGGAAUUACAGAGCAUCGUAGGUUCGACUUCAGUGAUUACGAAAAACCGAUACGCAUGGUCGAUCCGAAACGUUGGCGUUUUGCAUCUCGUGAAUGGCAUUAUCGUCAUUCCCGUUUCCAUUUUUGCGGGUUGGCUCUCGCAGUACCGAGAGGAUCGAUACCUGGCCAUGUGGUUCAUGGGUAUUACAUCGCUGGGCCUACUGGCCAUGGUUGAUUUAACAGACCUGGUGGACACGGAGACUAGCGACUCCUACAACGAUCACAUUCCUCUUUCCGUCGGCCCCGUUCAGUACAUUGCAGGGUCGCUGGUAGCCUUUUCGGGAAUUGAGGCGUGCGAGUCCUUUGUUGCCUCACUCAUGAGCAAGUGCGUUCCGAGUGCCCUAGCCGUUGGCACCUUCAACAGCGGACUCCUCGCCACUCUGGUGGGAACGGGUGGACGGGCCGUCGGAGAUUUGUUCAUUACCGCGAUGGGACUCAUAAGCAUCCGAAAUCUGCUGAAUCUACUGAUCAUCCCGGGAUUGGCACUGAUGAUCCUAAGCAUGUUUUUGCUGUGGAGAAAUUAUACGAUUGUGGCGGUAUAAGAGGUGAAGAUUGCAAGCCGUAGAUAUUCACAAUGCUUGUUGAUAAAAUAAUGGAUGUACACAAUAUUAUUCGGACGCGAUAGACGUAGACAUGCACUCAUAGCAGUAAAGCGGAAAGGUUUGUGUUCUUCAUGUCCCACGCUAUGAUCUGCUCACCGAGAUAUCAUUCAUCUACGCAGUACUUUUCGCUACUUCUGAUGCACAUCACGGAACACAGGGAAUUAUCACAAUUUAUUGAUUUCAUGACAAUGGUAGCAAGAAUACUCGGCAAUAUCUUUGCCAUUUUCUGUAUGCACGGAAUGCAAUGACUUAUUUGAAGCUUUUGGAGUUUGGCUUUCGGGUACGGUGUUUUUUAUGGUGGAACAUUUUUUCUACGAAAACACGAAAUAGUUUUGGAAGGAAUUUCACGACCUUGUAUCGAAAUUCACGAAACGUGCCAAUUUAACCAAAUGAUCAGUAGAAGGCAGACUCGGAUUUCAACUUGAAAGUACCGUUGACACAAUAAUACCGACUAAAUAUAGUGAAGAUGU